UUGUGGUGUGCUAUUGUGUCAAAGAAGUUCAAGUUAAUUUAAUAAAGUUCACUGACAGUAUUUUAUGUUUGCAUCUCUAAGUUCUCGAAGUUCUACUGCUUUAAAGUGUUCAGUCAACUGACAGUGUUGUGUCACCGUUACAAUCAUGAGCAAGCGAAAAAUUUCUCAAGAAGAACUUCGACAACUUAUGAAAAAAGUUUCAACCGGAACGAAAAGGAAGAUCGACUCACCUCUUGCCAAAUAUUCCAAUGAUGGAACUCUGACAUGCAUUCUGUGCAACUCAGUCGUAAGAAGUGAAAAUGUCUGGAGUGUCCACAUCAAUGGGAAGGAGCACCGUGGCAACAUUGCAAAGAAGAAACAGCAACUUGCCGGCAUUGGAAGUAGUACAACGGACACGAACAGAGGGCUUCGCCUUAAUAGUGAGAUGGUGUCAAACCCACUGAAACGACCUUUGCCUGGAAUGCCAGACCAUCCUCCCAAGAAAAUUAAAGGCAUCCUAAAAAAUGCUCCAAAACCAGCGGCCUCAGCAUCCUUACCCACAGAUUUCUUUGACAUGAAUUCAUCAAGUAGUAAAGUUAGCGUUAACAACAUACCUGUAACCAAUGGUACACCAUCUGCAAAUCAAGAUAAAAUGAUGGACAUCGAUUCAGACAGUGUAAAUGAAAAAGGAGAACCUGAAACACUACCUGAAGGCUUUUUUGAUGAUCCUGUUGCAGAUGCUAAGGCACGUAAUGUAGAGUACAAGGACCCCAUAGAAGAGGAGCUGGAACGAUUCCAGCGUGAAAUUCAGCAAGAAGAGCUUCUUUCAACGAAAAUUAUAGAAGAAGACAAUGAAGAAGCAACAACACAACGUCAAAUAGAAGAAAUUGAUGAGCAAAGUAGAAUAUGGUCUAGAAUGUUGGAGCUGGAGAUUAAAAAAGAAAAGGUGGCUGCUCAUGCAAAACCAAAAUCAAGUCAAAACGCAAGUGAUUCAUCAACUGAUGAAGAAGAUUUUGAUGAGUUUCUGGAUUGGCGGUCAAAGAAGUCGUUCAAGUAACUAGUCCUCUGUUUUUUAAUUUUUAGCCAAUUUUUCUCACCCAAUAAUAUUUGAAUGUGUGUGUUGAAAAUAUAAAAUGUCAGUGCUACCAAAAACACGUCAGAAUUUUAGGGGCAUAUGUUCAUGAAACUACAAAACAGGAGUACAAUUAUUAUGGCACUUUUCAUUUAUUAGAGAUCAUAAAACAAUACUCUUAAGAUUUAUUACAGAAGUUUUGGUGCCCUGAAAAUCUUCUCUUUUUUAACCUGAGAAAUACACAAAUAUAGAUACAUACCAGGAAUGAAACAAAUUAUUCAAAAUCAAUAACUGAAGAUUAUUUUUAGAACUUUCUACAAUUCAGUGUUAAUAUCUAAACUUUACCCUCUCAAAUGGACAGAAAAAACUUAUGUUAGUUUUUCUUGAGAAACAAGCAUCUCUUAGGUAACAUGUUUCAUAUAUAUUGCUGGCAAUUAAUCAAUUAAAAUUCUCCCCCACUUUUUCAAUUUCAAUAUGUGCCCUAAAUACUUCAGUCUGGCCUUUUUUGUACGCUUUUCUUCAGUCUCAUCUGAUGGUAAGAUGAAAAAAUGAAGGCGAAUCAAAUAUAUCAAUUUUAAGUUUACAAUUUAAUAUUUUUUACUUCAUCAUUAAUAUGAACGACUGUCCUAUUUAAAGAGGAUGCCUCAACAAGCCUCAUGUAUAUUCCAAAUUCUACUUUUCCUUUCAAAUUGGUCGAAAGUGUGGCGAAAGGCUCGUCAAAGCUUUUCUCUGCAGUUUGCUGGUCUAUAUUAAUUUUUGGACACCGCGUACAUGGACGGUCAACCUGUAAAACAGAUCAAGACAUUUUAGCAUUGCGUACUAUGAGAAAAAUAACGUUUCUGUCCCAAUUUCUUCCCUCUAGAUUAGUGCAUAGCUUACAAAACUUUAUCUGUGAUAUUAUGUAUUGAACUCUUCAUUUGCUUAAACUUGACAAUAUACUUUGUCAACUAUUGGCUCCUAAUUUUUAGGAGUCCCCUUGUAGAUUUUCUUGUUCAAUUACGUUUGUACGCUAAAAGAAUGAAUAAAUUCCUAAAAGGUCUACCAGCUCUG